AUGGACCUGUGUGUCACCAUCAAAGGCGUCUCCUUCCUGCUGCAGGCCGGUCUGGGGAUCCUGGCCAAUGCUCUGGUGCUGCUGGCCUAUGCCCACAUUCGGCUGGCGGAGGCACGUCUGCAGCCUGUGGAUGCCAUCUUGUGCCACCUGGCACUGGUGGACCUGCUGCUGCUGCUGACCCGCGGUGUCCCACAGACCAUGACGGUGUUUGGCAUGAGGAACCUGCUGGACGACACGGGCUGUAAGGUGGUGAUCUACACGUACCGUAUCUCCCGAGCGCUGUCCGUCUGCAUCACCUGCAUGCUGAGCGUGUUCCAGGCAGUGACGGUAGCGCCUGCAGCAGGACCGAUGCUGUCUAGACUGAAGGCCCGGCUCCCACAGCUGCUUGCGCCCACAUUUGCAGCGCUGUGGUUCAUCAAUAUGGCUGUCUGCAUAGCCGCCCCGUUCUUUUCCGUGGCCCCUCGCAACGGCACUGUCCCGCCGUUCACACUCAACCUGGGCUUCUGUCAUGUGGACUUCCAUGAUAACCUGUCGUACGUGCUGAACGGGGUGGCCGUGUCGGUGCGGGACUUUGCCUUCGUGGGGGCGAUGCUGGCCUCCAGCGGUUUCAUCUUGCUGCUGCUCCACCGGCACCGCAGGCAGGUGCGGGCCGUCCGCCGCUCGCAGGGAUCCGCCAUGGAGACACGGGCCGCCAGGACGGUGCUGAUGCUGGUAAUUCUGUAUGCCGUGUUUUUCGGCAUCGAUAACGUGAUCUGGAUUUACAUGCUGACGGUGGCUCAGGUGCCGCCAGUGGUGGCCGACAUGAGGGUGUUUUUCUCCUCGUGCUAUGCCUCUCUCAGCCCGUUCCUCAUAAUCUCCUCCAACAGGAAGCUGAAAGCGAGGAUGGUGUGCGCAACCUCAGACCAGGAGCAGCAAGCGGAGGACGGCAAGAACUCCAGCGGCAAGAACUGA